AUGAUGCAGCCCACCCCUGUUCCUCGUGAUAUCCUCAUCGUCGGCGCCGGCAUCGCGGGUCUGGCCAGCGCCAUCUCUCUCGCCAAGGAACUGGCUUCCUCCAUCCCCGACCUCAAAAUCUCCGUCUUCGAAGGCGCACCAGGACUAUCUGCUUCAGGGGGCGCUAUCAGCCUGACCCCAACGGCGCAGAACUAUCUCGACAAGCUGGGCGUCUUGUCCGAACUCAAUCGCAUGGGCAGUGAAGCCGGCAUCGAAGUCGAUCUCAUUGAACUCUUCUCCCUCCGCUCAGGUCGUAGACUGGGGCCUCUCAAAUUCACCGACGAGAAUGGCUUCGGUUACGGUGGCUAUAAGGGCCGUCGAGUCAUGCGAAAUGCCCUCUCGCGCGCCAUGUUAUCCGUCAUCCAAAAUCACCUUCCUUCGGUUUCCGUCUACUUCAACAAGAAAGUGGUAGGCGGCACCACAACCGACUCCUCCGUCACCUUAUCUUUCGAAGAUGGCUCCUUCGCUACCGGAGAUCUUGUUCUGGGCUGCGACGGCGUCCACUCUAUCACGCGCACUCGCAUUGUCGAUCCCGGCAACCGCUCCGAAUACACCGGCAUCUCCUUCAUCCAGAGCGUCUCUGACGCCCACGAUCUCCCCGUCCCCAUGCAUUUCAACCAGACCGCCAUCCACCUCACCCGUCACAGUUCCCUUCUUACCAGCUACUGCGAUCCUGAUCGCCAGAAGAUCUUCUCCGCCGCCAUCCUCCGCGUGAACGAACACCUCAUUGAGCGCUACCAAGCUACUUCGAAAAGCGAUUGUCCCGAACAAGCCAGCAUGAAGAUGUCCAUUCGCUAUCUGGUGCGCACACAGUUCGCCAAAUCCGCCCUUCCUAGCAUCCGCGCACUCCUCGACCACACUGAAGAUUGGGCUUUGUACCCGGUAUAUCAAGUCCGGCAACGAGGGAAAUGGCACAAGGGACGGAUUCUUCUCCUUGGGGAUGCUGCGCAUGCGAUGCCUCCCCGCGACGAAUCCGCCGCAUACUCCAUCGAAGACGCCCUCAUCUUCACACAAAUCUUCUCCCGCAACCUGCACGCACCUCUCUCCACGACCUUCCAAGAAUACGAGUCCCUGCGCCGCGAGCUCGUCAACAAAGUUUUUGACGCCUCCCGCCGUCUCUGGCAAAGUGAUCUCGACAAGGGAUUGUUCCCGGGCCACGUUCGCGAACUCAUGUCACCAGUGCACAUGUCGCCGGGAGACAACCUCCCGGCGCCAACGACAACGAUAGCAUCAGCAAGGCCGGGCAUUCCAGCGGCCACGCAUCAGAGUUUCUCGGAUCUGUCGGUGUACUCGUUGACCCGGGAGUUCCAAGGGGAGAUUGAAUCUUAGUUGAUUUGAGCUAUGGAUAGAUACGAGGAUGGCAUAUAGAGGUGUUUACAAGGUCCUUACUUCGGGUUUAUUUUCUCGUGCGGGUACGUAAUGUUUAUUUCUUCACACGGAUGGAUCAUAGAAAGGAAUGGGAUCUGGAAUGGGACAGGACAGGACAGGACAUAUGGC